AUGGAGAAUUCGAAAUUGCUUAUCACUUUGGUUCUAGUGUUUGGAGGUAUAUUUCUCAGGAAAUUCUUCCAAAGUAAUCAGCAUCCCUCAGCGCAACGUUUAUCCUCUACGGGAGUAAACGCACAUGGGCGCACUCAAGGCCCUACCCAUGGUGCUCUGAGAAGGGCGGGGAGGACUAAUGGUGGCCACCCCGUGACCACUCAGAUGGUUGAAACAGUGCAGAACCUCGCACCUAACUUACACCCCGAGCAAAUUAGAUAUAGUUUGGAAAAUACGGGUUCGGUGGAGGAAACAGUGGAAAAGUACCUGCAUGGCGACGAGUUCAGCUUCCCACCCGGGUUUGAGCCUUCUAGGGCGCCAAUGGGCGCUGCCGGUGGUAAUAACAAUAACGGUACUGGUGGCGGCGAAUUCAACGACCCUAGAAAGAAGAAUAUGAUCUGUGCUGAGAAUCUACUGGACAAAUUCCAUGUGGACCCCAAUGAAGACAUGAGCCAGGUGAGUUUCAAAGACCUGGAUAUCGAAGAGAGAAAGAAGUUGCUGGUUUGGCAGGCCAGAAAAAAUAUGGAAACGAAACUGCAAAACGACAAAGAUUUGCAGAGCUUGUUGAAUUGA